CCCGCGUCAUGUCUUAUAUAUCCAAUCGAAAAUGACCUCCGCGUUCAGUAAGCCGCAACCCGACUCCUCCAACCGAACACACCGCGUUGCAGAGCUGAAGCAGACGACAUUGUUCAACGGGAGAGUAAAGAUGGCUGCAAAGUCGACUGGAAGUUUUAUUAAGAAGGAGAUCCUCUCGCACGACCACGAUCACGCAGGUCCCCCCGAGGGUAGCCGAGUAGUUGUGGUGGCCGUUGACGGGAGCCACCACUCGGAGUUUGCGCUUGACUUCUACCUGUCGAACCUGAAGAAGGCCAAUGACUACGUCGUCCUGCUAACAAGUCCGGAGAUGGAGGACAUUCUGAAGGCCACGUGGACCGAGGGAGAUUACAACAUAGACACCGAUCACAUUGCUCACCAUCUGGCUAAGGAGAAGGAGAAGGUUGAAGAGAAACUACAUUUUUUUAAGGAGAAGAUGCUGACAAGAGAGAUGCGCGGCAAGGUCAAGGCUGUUUCGUCCCACAAUCCGGGUGACGCGAUCUGUAAAGGCGCAGAAGAAGAGGAUGCCGACUUCAUUGUCAUUGGCUGUCGCGGUCUCGGUGCCAUCAGACGUACCUUUCUCGGCAGCGUCAGCGACUACGUCCUUCACCAUUCCCACAUCCCCGUCGUCAUAUGUCGGCACAAACACAGUCAUGAGCAUCACGCAAACAUCGGGCAUAAAUGGAACCUGUGAAGGCAUCACCGUAUCCAUGACCACCAGAGACCGGGAUAUAUGUAAAUAGUGAAAUUGACUGUUAAGAUGUAUAACCUCAGAAUACGUAUUGUGGAAUGUAUAAUCAGAAUAUAAAACUGAAGUAUUAACUUGAUGUUUCAAGACACAGUAUUUGAAUAGUUGUUGUUAUACCGCCCAAUACACAGAGCCGAUUGGCCUUUGGAUGCUUCGCCGAGAACAGUCUUACAGGAAAGUUAAGCUUUACACUUAACAGAGAGUGACGGGUUGUUCCGAGAGCAGAAAAAAAGGUGCUUUUGAGAGAUGUAUUUGUGAUGCAAAAGAUGGAUUAUUAAACCUUUUUAAUCACUUGCA